AUGUAUUGUAACCAAACUCAAACAUAUUCGUUAGUAUUUCUAUCUCAAUUACCAACAUUCGGCCUAAUUGGUUUAAUUUGUAUUGGUAUCACAUUAUAUUUUUCUUACAUUUUAUCAUCAAUUAUUUACCAUAGACGUUAUUCGUCAUUUCAUCUUAUUUCAUUGUACAUUAUUUUGUCUAAAAUUGGUUUAUUUUGUCUACUUUUAACGCCAAUUACUUUUAUAUUUCGUCCAAACUUCAUUGUAUGUUUAGUACAAACAUUAUCAAUUCAAAUCAUUCCAUUUGUAACCUUCGUCUCUUUUAAUCUCUAUUUUAUUCAUAAAUGGUUAACGAAAUGGUCAUUAUCGUCAUCAUUGAAAAUGCGUUUAACAUAUAUAAGUGUAAUAACAAUCGGAUUUUUAUGUGCGAUAGUUCAAUCAUCAAUUAUACUUAGUUGGCUUUAUUAUACAAAACCUGUCGAUAAUUAUAAUUGUCCAACGCAUUUUAAUUUGUCAUUAUCAUUGUCGUUUGACGAUGAUGACAAUCAAAAUUGUAAUCGACAAUACUAUCUUUGUUCACUGAUAUUUAAUUUUUUAUUAUUGUUUGCAUUUUCAUUACAAUCGUCCAUUCGAUAUCAUAUUGAUGGUAAACGAAAAGAUUUUUUCUAUUUAUUGUCUGGUUUAUCAUCAAUAUGCGUUACAAUUAUAUGGAUUAGUUUUUAUUUUUUUCAUUCAAAAACGUCCAUCUAUUUUACAGAAAAUUAUAUAUUAGCCUAUGGUCAAAUAUUCCUAGGUUAUUGUUUCUUGAUUCCAUUAUUAUUCGAACAAUUAUUUUAUAGAAAGCAAAAAUCUUCUCAUCAUAAUAUAUCCAAAAAACAUUUAACAUCACCAAUUACGACAAUACCACAAAUUUCUCAAUCAAUUGUACCAUUAAAUAAUCGUCGGAAAAUAUUCAAAUGCUUAUCAUUGACGAAAGAGCAACAACGUGCAUUUAUGGCCGCUUACGUCAAAAGAAAUUUAACAGCAUCAUGUGAAAAUUUAACAACAAUGACAACCACAACACGGUCAUCUUCUUCAUCUACUAUAUCACCAAAAGUUGUAAAUAAUGUUAUCGUUGGUUCACCCGUUCUAUCAUUGUAUGAUAACAACGAACUUGAACAAGAUAAUUUCAACGAUAUUCAAUCAAACAUAAAUCGAAUAACACAUCGUCAUUACCUUUCUCGUCGUUCAUCGGCAAGUAGAGACAGCGUCGAUAGUUGUCCAACAUUCAAAAGUACAAUAUCAGAUCAAUAUAAUCAACAACAAACAGGUAGAAAGUCGAUUGCAACAUAUUAUUUACAAAAUGAACCAACACCAAACACACUGGGUACGAAUAUAGGUGGUGACUAUAAUUUUUCUGUAAAUGAUAAACGUCUUUUAUUGUUAUCAUCUGUUUCGCAAAAUAACGAAAAUGAUCAACAACCGCCAAUAGAAACUUGUCUUCUAAAUUCUCCCUUACAAUCACUGACGAAUACAAUCGAUACAAAUACAUCAAGUUCAAAGAGCGAUGAAGAUAAUCGAUCAUUGAUUCAUUCAAACAUAUUUCGUCAAAAUUGGGAGUUAAGACCAAGAAUUUAA